GAGAGAGAGAGAGAGCUGUUCGAUGACAUGAUGUUGUUGGCCAAGAUUAAACACUAGAUAAUAAUAUAUUAAGCGGUUGCACUUUGUCACGUCCACAGCUUGAGGGGAAGCUUCGAUUCCGUUCCACACAGUGGCACGGGAGGAGUGCAGCCGCCCGCGCUGCUGCUCGUACAGGAAAGCGAGGCCCACUCGAGGUGGGGGGGGGGACAGCCUUCGUACGGCCGUCCCUCCGACCUCCGGAUUCCAAACCCCAUCUUAAAUUAACCUCCGCCCUCCCAACCCAACUCGCACAAAACAAAACGCUGCUCCCCCUACCCCGUUUUGCUCCACCGUGGUGCCCUGAUCCCCGGAUGCCUUUUGAUGCCCCGGAGCCGGAACCGGAGCCGCGGCCGAUGAACUUCUGGAUCGACGACAACUCCUCCAUGAUGGACGCCUUCGUGGCCUCUUCCUCCGACCUCACCCACUUCCAGUGGCCGCCGCCGCCGCCGUCGCUGCCGCCGCUGCCCCCCUACCUCAACCAGGAGAGCCUCCAGCAUAGGCUCCAGACCCUGAUUGAGAGGGCCAGGGAGAGAUGGACCUACGCCAUCUUCUGGCAGUCCUCAGCCGACGCCGCCUCCGGCGCUGCCCUCCUUGGCUGGGGCGACGGCUACUACAAGGGCUGCGAGGGGGACAAGCGGAGGCGGAGGGCCGCCGUCUCCGCGGCGGUGCAGCAGCACCGGAAGCGCGUGCUCCGGGAGCUCAACUCCCUCAUCUCCGGCGGCGCCGCCCACGACGAUGCGGGGGAGGAGGAGGUCACGGACAUGGAGUGGUUCUUCCUGGUGUCGAUGACGGAAUCCUUCGUCGGCGGCGUCGGGCUCCCCGUCCAGGCCCUGCUCUCCGGGUCGCCGGCGUGGAUUGCCGGCGGGGAGCGGAUGGCCGCCUCACCGUGCGAGCGGGUGCGGCAGGCCCAAGCGUUCGGGCUCCAGACUAUGGCCUGCCUCCCCGUCGGCUCCGGCGUCCUCGAGCUCGGAUCGACGGAGCGGAUCUUCCAGAGCUCCGAGAUGGUGGCCAAGGUCCGGACCCUUUUUUGCUUCGGCGGCCGCGAGACUGCGGCCAUCGGAUCCUGGCCGCUGCCGCCGGCGAUCCAAUCGGUGGCCGAGACCGAUCCGUCCGUCCUCUGGAUACCCGAUCCGAUCGCUCCCGAGAUCCCGGUCUCGAAGCCCCCGUUCCAAUUCGAGAACCCUUGCUCCAGUAGCCUCACCGAAAACCCUAGCUCGAACCCGAUUCCCCAACGCUCGCCGCUGCCGCCGCCGCCGCCGCCGCCGCCGCAGAGCAGCAAUACCAAUCCGCAAACCCAAUCCUUCCUAGACUUCUCUUUGUCCGAAUCCGGAUUGAAAGCAUUCCCUUCGGCCCCGACCUGCAAGCCGGAAUCCUGCGACUUCUCGACUUACGGCGACAGCAAGCGGAAUCCCUCCACCGUCGUCGCCAACGAAGGCCUCUUCUUCCACCACCAGGUCUCCACCGAGAACAAGAACAAGAAAUCCACAGGGGCGACAUCCAAGGGAAGCAACGACGAGGGGAUGCUCUCCUUCUCGUCGGCCGCCACGGCGGCGGCGGCGGCCUGGUCCCGCCCCGCCUCCGGCGGCUGUGCCACCGGGCUGCUCGCCGGCGACUCGGACCAUUCCGACCUCGAUGCGUCGGUCCGGGAGGUGGAGAGCAGCCGGGUGGCGGAGCCGGAGAAGCGACCGAGGAAGCGCGGCCGGAAGCCGGCCAACGGCCGUGAGGAGCCGCUCGACCAUGUUGAGGCCGAAAGGCAGCGCCGGGAGAAGCUCAAUCAAAGGUUCUACGCCCUCCGUGCGGUGGUCCCCAAUGUGUCCAAGAUGGACAAAGCCUCCCUCCUCGCCGACGCCAUCUCCUACAUCAACGAGCUCCGGUCCAAACUCCAGUCUCUGGAGCUGGACCAAGACGGCCUCCACUCCCAAAUCGAUGCCCUCAAGAAGGAGAGGGACUCGACAUCGGCCCGCCCGCUCCCGCUGCUCGAUAACGACCUGAAGGCCGCGAUCAACGUCGGCGGCCGGUGCCACGGGGUGGAGAUCGAGGUGAAGGUACUCGGCCGGGAGGCGAUGAUUCGAGUGCAGUGUACCAAGAGGUACCAUCCAGCUGCGAGGCUGAUGAUGGCUCUCAAGGAGCUCGAUCUCGAAGUGAAUUAUGCUAGUGUCUCAGUUGUCAACGACCUCAUGAUCCAGCAGGCGACAGUCAAUAUGUUGACCCGGAGCUACACUCAGCAGCAGCUCACCGCCGCACUCCUCGCCCGAGUCACCGAGCCGCCACCCCUCCGUUGAUAGACUGCAAGCUUACCAAUUCGAGCCUGUUCAUGUGCUAGUUAUGUGCAUCCAUGGAUAGCUUCAGGUAGGCUGUCAGUCUCCUUAGGAUUGUACUGUGAGAUUGUAAUCUUCUUCUACUAGUGGAAAGGCGGAGCUGCUGCUUCUGAGAACUUGCAUGGAGUAGAGCUCCUUAAGAGAUCUGCUGUUGUAUAUAGAUUAUAUGGUUUCCAUAGCUUAAUGCAGGGUUGUAUAGAUAUGCCUGCGUGCCUGCUGCUGAGGAUCUGCUGUUCUGUCCGGUUAACAUUGUGUUUAGAAGGGUAAAUCAUCUAUAGUUGGAGAAGGUUAAUGGCCUUUGUGAUCAAAAUGAGUCCUUGCCUUCUUUUGUGUUUUGAUCGUUUCAGUGAUUCAGCUCUUUUGAAAAGCUUGAUGGUGCACUUCAUAUCUUUGGUGUGGAAACUUCAUUACGACUGGAUUCUUGUGUCUCUUUUAUGGAGAAAAAGAUUGAGGAGCUGUACUCAGUUUCAGUUAUUGGUCUUGUAGUUGGUUUUGUGUUCCUGUGAAGUGGAAACUUGUUGUGUCUCACUGGUUAUUCUA